AAUCAGUUAGGUGCUAGGUCUAACAUAAAUUAUUGUUGAUUCACAAUGAGUUCUAUCGAAAUUCUCUGUAUUAAAUUCGAUUUAUUGUGCAUAUCAGACAGUGAAUAUAAUGGAAGUAUUAAGUCCAGUUCGUUUUCUUCAAAAAUGUCAUCACUGCCCGAUACGAUAGACUAUGACACUGAUACCUUAAGGAAGGAGUUGAUAAUUCGAGGGUAUAAUCCAGGUCCUAUUACGGUUACCACAAAAAAUAUAUAUUUAAAGAAACUUCAUCAGCUAAAGAAAUAUCCUGCAUUAGUGAGCAGGGAACCUAGACCUGUAUCAAAAAGAGUAUAUUCAGUGGAGCUUGAAAAAACCCUCCGCGAUUCAAGUUGGUGCAAUGAUUUAGCAUUAUACAAAUCACUAGAAGAGGUAGUGGCUAAACAGUUCUGCAAUCCUGACCCUUCAAGGAAAUGGAGGGAAGGAAUAAACAAAUCGUCAUUCACCUAUUUGCUGCUGGAUCCUAGAUUAACUAACAACUUACCAGGCAGGGCAGAAUCGCUCAAGCCCAAAGAGGUUUGGGAAACUUUUUUGUCUUCCGUCUUCUAUGUCGGCAAAGGGAAAAGAUCCAGGCCUUACUCACAUUUGUACGAAGCUGUAAAUUUCUGGAACAAAAGACAAUUUUCCUCUGGGAACAAGAAGAUACAAAGUAUAAUAGACAUAUGGAGAAGCAACGGUGGGGUUAUCUGUUUACACGUUUUUCAAAAUAUUAUACCAGUUGAAGCCUAUACCAGGGAGGCGGCCAUGAUAUCUGCCUUGAAGAUUGAAAACCUUACCAAUGCUAAAUGCGGGGACUAUUAUGGAAUUGCUGCCGCAUGGCCUCAGAAGCAAAAGAAAAUGUUCGGGGUGUAUUUGCUCUACAAGGCCAUGAUGAUAUUUUUAAAUGAAGGCGAAAGGCAGUUGUGCCCUUCUGACAUUGACUAAAGGGGCUUUUUUGAUAAUUUUUUAUUGUUUAGAUGAAUACACUGGGUACAUCGACAAACUUUAAGGUGAUUUUAAGUGAAAAAAGACAAAAAAUGUGUCCACAAAUCGAUAGUUUUCGAGAUACAAGGUGUUGACAUUUAUAAAAAAAAUCACCUUUUCUAAAAUGUCUCUGAAGACGUAUAAAAUGGCGAAACUUAGGGUAAUUAUUUGUCUAAUUAAUGGUAAAAAUUCACUAAUUCAGAUGUUACGGUGCCGGAGAUACCAGGAGUUACUUUCACUAAAAACCUUAGAAAUUUGACGCCACUGAAUAUUUGUCACUACUAACACUUUGUGUUUUGAAGAAAAACAGAUUCAUUUUAUUGAAAAAAUUACCAAUCACUUAUUUAUUUUUAAAAUAACUUUAGAACUAAUCGUUUCACAAAAAAAGUUGUCAGAUUUUUUUUCAAAAAACUAAUUGGCGUCUAAUAAAAAGGCAAAAUUUCACACCAUUAAUUUUUUCGGACUUGUGAGAUGGUAUUCUUACCAAAAAAAAAUCGCAUGAAUUUUUUUUUGGAAAUAAGUAAUUCUGAAAUUAUUUUGAGGAAUAUUUGGUAACAGCAAUGAAAAUUGAUAAAAAAGCAAUAAAUCAAAAAUGGCUUAUUUUUUUAAAUAAAAUUAAAUAUAUCUUUGGAAACACCACCAGAAGUUGCAGUGAGAGUGCCUCUUGGUAAUUAGAUUAGCUUAAGUUUCUUCUGUAUCAAACGACUUUAGAGAUAUUUUAAGUAACCCGAUUUUGUUAUAUAAACUUUUUGACUGAAGAGGGAUCUAUAGCAAAUAGGCAACCAGCAAUACAUUUUUAUAGAUCUUAUUACA